ACAUAACAUUAAAUUAUCGCAUUGCCGCAGGCAGUCGGUAUAUAUCAACAAAGCGUAUCAGAAAACAUAACGUGGUGCCCGCCUUAGAUCGUGUGUUUCGUGACAUUAUGAAGAGCCGCGGACUUCGUCUAUCAGGCAUACACCAUGGAUUUUAGUAAAUUUGUUUUUGUUCGCUAAGAAUUUGUUUUCUGGAACACAAUUAUAUUAUAAGGAAUAUAUCUGAUGUUCCGCAGUUGUGUUGAUGUUUUCGCUAAAGUGAGGGCACUUUCUGACCUAUUGAGUAGUUCGACGUCAAAGUGGCAGGCGUAAACAUCAGAGAGUGAAAAAAGAUGGCGCUGUCCUGCAGCCUGACGUGUUAUUUUAUUGUUUUGGCAGUUUAUACGUUCGUGAAUGUUACAUCAACACCUUUACCAACAGAUACAAAAUCCUUAGUGUCAAACAAAACAGAAGAAAAUGACGGAUAUUUACCAUAUGGGUGGGAUAAAUUUUGUACGCUGAAGCAAGAAAGUGAUGAGAAAAUUAAAGUUUUCUUUUGUCAUGUUAAAAAACAGUUUUCUGGAAAAUGGAGCUUUACUGAAUUAAAAGAACACGUAAACAACAAAACAGUGAAAUAUAAGUUUGAAAUAAAAUGUGAAGGUGGGUCAAAUAUUUCUGUACCUUGGCCAUUAAAAGCAAGAAAUGUUUUACAACUGCAGGUAGAGUCGUGCGACCUGGACCACUAUCUACGGGAAUAUACUCAGAUAUCUCCUUCAAAUAUUCCGGAUGAACUCGAAGUGUUGGAUAUCGUUGAUAGUGUUAUAAUUAUUGAUAUAAUGGACAUGUUAAAUAUCGCUAUAAACAUUUCUGAACUUAAUAAAGAUUUCGACUGUGGACAUGAAGAUACGUUAAAAAGAUAUGUGUUUAGAAACAUCACUUAUGCGUUUGAUAAGUCUAUGGAACUUUAUUUGUCUAGUAUGUUUAACAAUGACUUAGCUAACAUGUCUAUUGAAGUACUAAACACAGGAUCAGAAAUGCUACCAAAGUCUCGUCAUAUCAAACACAAAUGUAUAUUCAACAAACUCGAAUAUGCAGACCUCAGUAUCAAUACUCAAACAUCGAAAUUUCACACAGAAUUAUCCACAGAAAACGCAAUGUUUCCUUCGCUCAGGUUUUUUAACUUAUCGAACACUCGGCUUCCAAACCUGGCAGAGGCACAUAGAAAAUGGUAUCGUUAUUUCCAAAAACUGGAGGUGAUGGACCUAUCGCACAAUCUCUUCACGGAGCUGGAGUUUGAUCCCACGGCUGAUGUCUGGGAUAUUCCCAUGUUGACCCUGAAUGUUUCCUACAAUAACAUUUCUGAGUUUAAAGUCGACAAGCUAGAGGAACUCGUGGACAUGAAAAAAUUGUUCAUUGAUUUCAGCCACAAUCCAUUAAAUUGUUCCUGUACUGAAGAAACCAGACAACUUAUUACUUACGUUAACGAUCAAUCAAAAUGGAUUCAACCGAAAUAUCAGAGAUACAGAUUCAUGAUGGAUUUAGAAUGCAUGUAUCCCGACGACAUUUAUGGAAAACGACUCUCUGAUCUUAACACAGAAGACUUAAACUGUAAGCAUGAGCUGGUAGAGAGAAUAGCAGUAGAAGCAGUGGUAUUCCUCAGUCUUUUAUCAGUGGCACUCAUCAUUGUUAUCAUAAUUCUCCUUAAAUUCAGAAGGGAGAUUAGAAUAUUAACAUAUACACGCUUUAACAUCAUUUUACCCUGUCAACCUAUCGAAACAUUCGAAAAUAAGAAAUUUGACGCUUUUGUCUCCUACUGCAACCAUGAUCAGGAGUGGGUCACCAGUGUGUUUGAAAAUACUGCUUCUAACAACCCUCUUAAAAACUUCAAGUUUUGUUUACAUCACAAAGAUUUUAUGCCAGGGAAAACCAUUUUUGACAAUGUCAUAGACUGUGUGGAAGCCAGUCGCCAUACAGUCAUCGUUCUCUCCAAACAUUUUCUCAACAGCCAUUACUGUAUGUACGAAUUUCAUGAGGCAUUUCAGCAAAGCAUUUAUGAGAGAAAACGGCAUUUGUUGGUAAUCAUGAUGGAAGAUAUUCCUACCAGUGACCUUCCCAAUGAUUUAAAACGAUGUCUUAAGACAUUUACAUACAUCCGAAAGGACGAUAAAAUAUUUAUCGAUAGAUUGGUGUACGCCUUGUCCUAUAAAGGCCAAAAAGCCAUGCUUAUUGACAGUCGGUGUAGAAGUGCAGCUUAUUCUAAUCAAACUUCUUGUGAGACGGACAUUACGGAGGCCGGAAGUGAUGGAAACUCGAGUCCGAUUUCUAUGAUAGAUCGAGAUAACAUUUUUCCUGAUUUAAUCAAUGAAAAAGACAUUGUAAGUGUCAAAAAUGAGAAAAACAAUAUUUUGUGAUCUUUUUUGGUGAAUUGUAUGUUACAUUACUCACCUUGAUAUCUUGCUAGUUGCAUAACAAAAAUAAGAGUAUUCGUUUUUAACUUGAAAUAGUAACUCAUUUUAAGUUUUUUUUAAAAAAUGGCAUUGACGUGUUUGUACACUACAAUUUAAAAGUGAAUUGAUAUAAGAUUUUUAUAUUUUGUAGUGUAACAUUCUCUUGAUAUUUUUUUGAUGCUGUAAAAUUGUUCACUUGUUUUCUAUUUGUAAUAUUUUUAUAAAGAAUAUGUCUUGCAAUAUUAGAAUUCUUUCGACCAUACAGAAUGAUGUACAGUAUCUGGUUUUGUAUGAGCUCAUUUGGAUUUGCUUUAUUCACAAGAUACCUCAGUCUUAGGUUAGAUAGUAAUUUAGCAUGUUAAGUGGAUUGUAAAAUACACCUGUAAAACGGAUAUUGUCCUUUCGUUUACCAGGAUAUUCUUGUUUUAAAAAAGGCAAAAUUAUUUAUCAUGCCACAAGAAAUGUCACAAAGUUUAAUUGUGUAUCACGGUCAGGUACACCUUUCUCUACAAUAUACUUCGUAAAUUUGUUCUAAGAAAAAAGUAAAGUGAGGCUACAAUGUUAAAAGUUUAAUUUAAAGCCACCAUGGUAAUUGUAUGUAAAAGUUUUAUCACUACGGAUCAAUAUAUUGUCUCGAAUUUUUUGCAUAAUAAUUCGAUAUUUUUGACACAAUUCUACAUUGAAUGCAUCAACAUAUUAGUGGUUUACAAGUAUUAAACUUGUACUGCAAUGUACACGUUUUAGUAAUAGUGUUAUAUAAGUAACAAUGUAAGAAGAGAGAAAUGUGAAUAGGAAAACAAAGGGAAGGAAACGUUCAUUUAUUUUGUCAUUUAUAACUGAUUUAAUAUUAUGAAAUAAAGAAGUCACAUUGUCAAA